UGUUUCUGUUUCAGUGUCCCGUUGCCGACCACCCCUGGUGCCACGUGCCUUCCAUGCUUCAGCUGUGGGGCUAAGGUCUUCAGAUGAGCAGCAGCAGCAACCGCCCCCAUCUUUUUCUCAGCAGCAUUCUGAGACACAGGGGACAGAAAAACCCAAUCCAGAGUCUUCUCAUUCACCCCCCAGGUAUACAGACCAAGGUGGCCAGGAGGAGGAGGACUAUGAGAAUGAGGAGCAGCUACAGCACCGCAUCCUGACAGCAGCCCUGGAGUUUGUGCCCGCUCAUGGGUGGACAGCAGAGGCCAUUGCGGAAGGAGCCCAGUCUCUGGGUCUUUCCAGUGCAGCAUCCAGCAUGUUUGGAAAUGACGGCAGUGAGCUAAUACUGCAUUUUGUGACCCAGUGCAAUACUCAGCUCACCCGUGUGCUGGAGGAGGAGCAGAAGCUGGUACAGCUGGGCCAGGCAGAGAAGAGAAAGACAGACCAGUUCCUGAGGGAUGCAGUGGAAACCAGACUGAGAAUGCUGAUCCCGUACAUUGAGCACUGGCCCCGGGCUCUCAGCAUUCUCAUGCUCCCCCACAACAUCCCAUCCAGCCUGAGCCUGCUUACCAGCAUGGUGGAUGACAUGUGGCAUUACGCUGGGGACCAGUCUACUGAUUUUAACUGGUAUACCCGCCGAGCUGUGCUUGCUGGCAUCUACAACACAACAGAGCUGGUGAUGAUGCAGGACUCCUCUCCAGACUUCGAGAACACUUGGAGCUUCCUGGAAAACCGAAUUAAUGAUGCAAUGAACAUGGGCCAUACUGCCAAGCAGGUAAAGUCCACUGGAGAGGCACUAGUACAAGGACUCAUGGGUGCAGCAGUGACGCUCAAGAAUUUAACAGGUCUAAACCAGCGCCGGUGAGAGGAAGGUAUGUGGCUUGAGGGCCUGGAAGAAGAUGAGCAGAUGGAUUAAAAGAGCUUUGAAAAGUAUGAAGUACUGUCCACAUAACCAGGCGAUAAUGAGAACACACUGAAGGAUUUCUGAGUCACUGCCACAGCCACUGGGAUACUUGAUGAUACCAUUCUGGCCUGGGAUUGGGCUAUUUCUUCAGUUCCUAUUACCAAGCCAGUCCUCCUGAUGUGAUUCCGCAUUGCAGCUGUAGGAUUGAAAAAUGAGACUCUCAUCCAAGCCACGGAAGCCUAACACAUCGUUGUCAUGGUCUCAGCACCUUAACCGUGUUUUAACCAUCCUAGAAUGUCAAGGUCUGAAAACACCACCAGGCAGUUCAUUUCUUGCACAGCACUGGCAAGUGCACACACGGGUUCCUUGCAGUUCAUCCCUCUCAGGCAUCCUGAGAUGCUGCUUCUGGGAACCCUCUCAAAAAACUGCUGCACCUGAGACAGGUGUUUGCUGUACAGAAGUGUGAUCCCAGGCCUGGUGUCAUAUUACACCAGCAUGCUUUGCAGGACUAUUAGCAUAUUUGGCAUC